AUGCUCCGCGGCCAGACUCUCCCCUGGAGAGCCGCGCUCCACCAAACCUCGCGUCCUUUUAUCCCUCGGCCUCUACUUGCUCCUUCUAAAUAUAAUGUCACUGCUCGAUCGAUACUAAAUUCUUCGCGACUUCGCCGCCCUCUCCCGUCUUCUACUCGCACCUUCUCCUCGAGCUCCAUCCGGAGGCGGGAAAAGCCCCCACCUGGUGACGAAAAGGACGACCCUGCCCAGAAAGAGCAGAGAGACGCGAACGAGGAUAAGGAUGUUGAGCGAGCCCCAGAUGCCCGACGCAAGGCCGCCGAUUCCUCUAGCAAGCAUGGAUCGUCGCAUGAACCCGGAGCUCCGACAUCGGGCUUUGCACGGCGGAAGGAGAAGGCGGGCGGGGACAAGGAGCAACGUGGCUUGGAGGAAGACUCGAAGAAGGAUGGCCAUGCAGUAGAAGGCAAGGGGAGCUCAUCCGAUACUCCAUCCCCUAUACCUGUCAGUGGUGGUUCGGAUUCGAGGCCUAGUGGCGCGAAUAAUGGUGGCAACGAGGAUGGCGGAAAGAAGGGAAAGAAGGGCUCCGGCGAGAAGGCCUUGCAGAAACCAUCUGUCCCCGAAGUCUAUCCUCAGGUGAUGGCGAUUCCCAUCGCCAAGCGACCGUUGUUCCCGGGAUUUUACAAAGCAAUUACCAUCCGAGACCCCAAUGUGGCUGCUGCCAUCCAAGACAUGAUGAAGCGGGGGCAACCAUACGUGGGUGCUUUUCUUUUUAAGGAUGAGAACGCAGAUGGCGACGUGAUUGAAAAUCUGGAUGAUGUUUAUGACGUCGGUGUCUUCGCCCAAAUUACUGCUGCUUACCCUCUUCGGGGCGAAGCGAGUGGUGUGACGGCUGUUCUUUAUCCCCAUCGUCGCAUCAAGGUCUCUUCAUUGCUUCCGCCUAGUGACCCUGCCAAGGCUGGUGCGACCGAUGACAAGGCAGCUGAGCGUCGUGGGGAUGUUGUCGCUAGCUUCGAGGAGGGCACUGCAGAGCUCGCCCCCAAGGACCACUACGAGCCCACCUCCUUCUUGCGCAAGUACCCCGUCAGCUUGGUCAAUGUGGAGAACCUGACGGAGGAGCCGUACGAUAAAAAGAGUGCCAUCAUCCGCGCGGUCACCAGUGAGAUCGUCAACGUUUGCAAGGAGAUCGCUAGCCUGAACCCUUUGUUCCGCGACCAGAUUUCCGCCUUCUACACCGAUCAGUUCCCCGGAAACCUAAGUGACGAGCCUGCCAAGCUGGCUGAUUUCGCGGCCGCUGUGUCUGCAGGCGAACUCAAUGAAAUGCAGGAGGUCUUGGAGUUGAUGAACAUUGAAGAGCGACUCCCCAAGGCUUUGGUGGUGUUGAAAAAGGAGCUCAUGAAUGCGCAGCUUCAAUCCAAGAUCUCGAAAGACGUGGAGGCUAAGAUUCAGAAGCGGCAGCGUGAAUAUUGGCUAAUGGAGCAGAUGAAAGGCAUCAAAAGAGAGCUGGGCAUUGAGUCCGAUGGCAAAGAUAAGCUGGUGGAGAAGUUCAAGGAAAAGUCGGAGAAGCUUGCUAUGCCCGACGCCGUCAAGAAAGUGUUUGACGAGGAACUCAAUAAGCUGGCCCACCUAGAGCCCGCUGCCUCGGAAUUCAAUGUUACACGCAACUACCUGGACUGGCUGACUCAGAUCCCUUGGGGACAGAAGAGUGUGGAGAACUUCGGUAUUCAGCAUGCGGUGAAAGUUCUGGAUGAAGACCAUUAUGGCCUCAAGGAUGUCAAGGACCGUAUUCUGGAAUUUAUCGCCGUGGGUAAACUGCGCGGCACCGUGGAAGGGAAGAUUCUCUGCCUGGUCGGACCGCCUGGUGUUGGAAAGACCAGUAUCGGAAAGUCUAUUGCACGGGCCCUGAACCGACAGUACUAUCGGUUCUCAGUUGGUGGCUUGACCGAUGUUGCCGAGAUCAAGGGCCACCGUAGGACCUACGUGGGCGCUCUUCCUGGACGCAUCAUCCAGGCCCUGAAAAAAUGCCAGACUGAAAACCCUCUCAUUUUGAUCGACGAAAUUGACAAGAUCGGCCGUGGUCAUCAGGGAGACCCGUCGUCUGCGCUGCUCGAGUUGCUUGAUCCCGAGCAGAACUCAUCGUUCUUGGAUCAUUACAUGGAUGUUCCUGUCGAUUUGUCCAAGGUUCUCUUCGUUUGCACGGCAAACGUAACUGAUACCAUCCCUCGGCCGCUGCUUGAUCGCAUGGAGCUUAUCGAACUGUCUGGCUAUGUUGCCGAUGAGAAGAUGGCUAUUGCUCAACGGUAUCUUGCGCCUGCUGCCCGGGAACUCACGGGUCUCAAGGAAGUUGAUGUUACCCUGACGGAGGAAGCCGUUGAGGAGCUCAUCAAGUCCUACUGCCGUGAAAGUGGCGUUCGCAACCUAAAGAAGCAGAUCGAGAAGGUCUAUCGAAAGGCGGCAUACAAAAUCGUCCGGGACCUCGGAGAGGAUGUUCUUGCAGAAGAGAAGGCUCUGACGGUUGAGGGCAAGGCUGCCCAGGAGGAGUCGCAGAAAGAGACCGAGUCUACCGGAUCCGUGAACUCGCCUGUGGAUCCUGAAAAGUCCACAACAGAAACGCCUCGCGUUGCGUUGACGGUUCCUGAUAGUGUGCAGCUCAGCAUCGGCAAAGACAGUCUCACCGACUACGUUGGACCUCCCAUUUUCACGGCAGACCGGCUGUACGACACCUUCCCGCCUGGUGUGACCAUGGGACUCGCUUGGACUAGCAUGGGAGGUGCUGCUUUGUACGUGGAGUCGAUCCUGGAGAAUGCCUUGUCUCCCAAAUCCCGACCGGGCAUUGAUAUCACCGGUAACCUGCAAACCGUGAUGAAGGAAUCGAGCCACAUCGCCUACUCGUUUGCCAAGUCGGUCAUGGCGAAGCAGUUCCCCGAGAACCGAUUCUUCGAGAAGGCUAAGCUGCACAUGCAUUGCCCAGAAGGCGCUGUACCCAAAGAUGGUCCAUCUGCAGGUAUCACCAUGGCAACGUCUUUGCUUUCCCUGGCUCUGAACCAUCCUCUCGAUCCCACCAUCGCCAUGACCGGAGAAUUGACCGUGACCGGCAAGGUAUUGCGCAUUGGAGGCUUGCGGGAGAAGACGGUGGCCGCUCGCCGCGCCGGUGCUAAGAAGAUCAUAUUCCCCGCCGACAAUAUGUCUGAUUGGCUGGAGUUGCCCGAGAACAUCAAGAAGGGCAUCGAGGGACAUGCAGUAGGCUGGUACUCCGAGGUGUUUGAUAUCCUCUUUGCCGACCUGGACAAGGGCGAUGCCAACCACGUCUGGCAGAAGCAGCUGGCCGACAAGCCUUCGAAGAAGUCCAAUGAAGUAGAGGAGGAAGAUGAGUGA